UAAAUCAACUAGCAACGCGCUGUGCUUGGCGUCUGUGUUCGGGAUUACCAGGAUCGUUGAAGCCGAACAAUAAUCUUGUUGGACGGAUUUGUGUUUCAAUAUCAGCGAAUUUAUUGCUAAACUGCAAAAAUGAGUCUGUCUCUGAGGACUGAACUAACUGCUGAUAAGAGCAAAAAGAAGAAAAGGAGAGAACUUACAGAGGAGCAGAAGGAUGAGAUCAAGGAGGCGUUCGAGCUCUUUGACACAGACAAGGAUAAAGAAAUAGAUUAUCAUGAGUUAAAGGUAGCGAUGAGAGCUCUGGGUUUUGAGGUGAAGAAAGUAGAUGUGUUAAAGAUCUUAAAAGACUAUGACAGAGAAGGAACUGGGAAAAUAACUUUCGAAGAUUUCAAAGAAGUGGUGACGGACAUGAUAUUGGAGCGAGACCCAAAAGAAGAAAUAAUGAAGGCGUUUAAACUGUUCGAUGAUGAUGAAACUGGAAAGAUAAGCCUGAGAAACCUACGGCGAGUCGCUCGUGAACUGGGCGAAGACAUGAGUGACGAAGAUCUGCGAGCCAUGAUUGAUGAAUUUGACACCGAUGGGGACGGAGAGAUUAAUCAAGAGGAGUUUAUCUCCAUCAUGACCGGAGACUCGUGAGGAGCGGGACUCAAGGAAACCGAUCGCUGAAGAUUUGCCUGCACGUGUUCUGCAAAGAUCCAAUCCAUCAGACAAACUUGAUCUUAUGAACAGUAUACCACUUUUCAAAUGUAUGGAACGGUAGGUCCGAUUGGUGCUAAAAUUUUGGACAGAAGCUUGAACUGAACUGGCCGUGAUGGACGAACAACAUUUCAGGUCUUGAAUGUGUUGGUUUGAUUUUUAUAGGGAUACUUUGAAUUUUAUCAUUGCAGAUGUGUCUUUAAUAUUAAUAGUUUGUAUUGUAGUUGUUCAUUUUGCAUUUGAUAACAUUCCAAAGUACUAUUUAUUGUAAAUACACAGUAAAAACAUUAUUUUUCGCUUGUC